GCAAGCACCUCAGCUGCCCGGAGAAUUGGCGUCCAUCCUGCCCAUCCCGCCCAUUCCAUCUCGGGUCUGGAUCGCUCGGGUAGCAUUUCACCAUAAGAACUUUACGGCUCGAUUCGAUUCGCGACCCGGUACAUGCGGAUACCCCUCGCCCUGUCCUGCCUGCCGGCAAUGCAACAACUCUGUUGAGUGUCGACCGUGACCGUGAUCGUUUGAAUGUUUGAAUCUAUUCCGUACAGCUGCCACACCUAGCCUCCGCCAAGGGCUCUGCUACCAACACCAGCACUUCCGUUUUAAGUCUGCCCGUCGGGUCCCGUCCCACCCGUUGCGAGCGCUCACCGGCACGUCCGAACCUCACAAACCGAACCGUCAAGCCGUUGUCUCUCCGCGGUACUCUGCUGCCCUGAGCGCCGCCGGCGGUAUUACGCUCUCUUGGCCGCGCUAUGGCGCCAAUAGAACCCCUGAUGCCGGCCGAGCUGGCGUCCCCGGUCGACGAUGCCCACCCCUUCUCCCCCAGCGCCCGGCGUCGGUCGCUGUCGGUCGGGAGCGUGCAGCUCCUGUCGCGCGGGAUAUCGCGGCCCCCGUCGAGGUCGGCAUCCACUGGCUCGAGCAUGAGGGCCCGGCUGGGCCUCCUCAGCGUCGCACGGCGCACACUGGGCAUCACACUGCUCCUCAUAACCGUCUUUCUAUGGACGGCAUCAAACUUCCUUGCCAGUUACAUAUUCUCCGACGACACUUAUAGCAAGCCAUUCUUCCUCGUCUACAUCAACACGUCCAUAUUUGCCGUCUCGCUCAUACCCAUGCUGAUCCGCUACGUGAUAAAGAACGGGGUGGGGUCUCUCUGGGCCGAGGCCGUGCUGCUAUGGCGCGGGCGGCUGCACGGCGCCUCGCCCCUCAAGCCGCAGGACGGCGAGGGCGAGGACGAGGAGGCGCAGGCCGCCGGGGAGCGGCUGCUGGUGGACGACGAGGCGAGCGCCGAGACACUCGACCUCCCCGGGGCGCGCGGCAAGGACGAGAAGCUGAGCCUGCGCGAGACGGCGUGGAUCAGCCUCGAGUUCUGCAUGCUGUGGUUCAUCGCCAACUACUUCGCGUCGGCGUGCCUCGAGUACACGAGCGUGGGCAGCGUGACGAUCCUGACGUCGACGAGCAGCAUCUGGACGCUCAUCUUCUGCGCCGUGACGCGCAUCGAGGGCUUCACGGUGCGCAAGCUUGUGGGCGUGCUGGCGUCGCUGGCCGGAGUCGUGCUCAUAUCGUCGGUCGACCUGUCGGGGUCGAGCGACGAGAACCGCGGCAACUUCCCGCACAAGUCGACGGCCCAGAUCGCCAUCGGCGACUCCAUGGCCUUCUUCAGCGCCAUCGUCUACGGUGUCUACGUGACUGUCAUGAAGCGCCGCGUCGGCAACGAGGACCGCGUCGACAUGCCGCUGUUUUUCGGUCUCGUCGGCCUCUUCAACGUGCUGUUCCUGUGGCCCGGCUUCUUCAUCCUGCACUUUACGGGCAUCGAGACAUUCGAGUUACCACCAAGUGGCAAAGUAUGGACGAUCAUCCUGGUCAACUCGAUAGCGUCCUUCUUCAGCGACAUGACGUGGGCCUAUGCCAUGUUGCUCACAACGCCGCUGGUGGUCACGGUCGGCCUGUCGCUGACAAUCCCGCUGUCGCUGAUCGGCGAGAUGAUCCAGUACGGCCAGUACUCGAGCUGGGUUUACUGGGUCGGCGCCGGAGUCGUCUUCAUCUCCUUCCUCUUCAUCAACCACGAAAGCAAGGCAGACGAAGACGACGACGACAAGGAGCAGCAGAGGACAACGACAGAGCUGGGCGACCGCGCCGCUGAAAAUAGAUCUCUGAGGUAGUUUCCGCUCAGGUGUGCGGCAUCUUUCUUGUUUUGUUUUGUUGUGUGUGUUUUAUCUUGCUGUAUAAAAACUCGGGCGGGCGGCAUUAUCUGGGGCGUCAAAUGUUUGAGUCUUCAGUUCAAAACUCAUAAAUAGUGUUGUUAUCAUUGGAAAGACUAAGGUAGGUCAGGUAAUGCAUACGAAUAUACGGGAUAUUAUACAAGAUAGAGGUGGGAUGGAUGGCUUGAGGCUGCGGAUUCCCUUGUUGUUGUUGUUGUUGUUGUUGUUGUUGUUGUUGUUGUUGUUGUUGUUGUUGUUGUU